AUGGCGAUAUGGAUUCUGUUUCAUUUUCUUGUCCUUCUUCUAUUAGAGCUCACCAACGCGAAUGUGGAGGGAGAUGCUCUUUAUGCAUUGAGAAGAGCUGUUAAUGACCCACAAUACGUCUUGCAGAGCUGGGAUCCUACGUUGGUGGAUCCAUGUACUUGGUUUCAUGUCACUUGUGAUGCCGAUAAUCGGGUCACCCGACUUGACCUUGGAAACGCAAAGCUGUCGGGCAAUCUAGUUCCCGAGUUAGGGAAGCUCGAGCGUCUUCAGUAUUUGGAGCUAUACAUGAACAAGCUAGUGGGACCAAUACCAAGUGAACUAGGAGGACUCAAGAGCCUAGUAAGCUUGGAUCUUUAUCACAAUAACCUCACUGGUCACAUCCCUCCAUCACUUUCCACCCUCUCCAAUCUCAGAUUCCUGCGACUGAACCAUAACAGGUUGACCGGGAGAAUACCUAGAGAGCUUACCAAGCUUGGAAACAUCAAGAUUCUAGAUGUAUCAAACAAUGAUUUGUGUGGUACAAUUCCAACCUCGGGCUCUUUCUCUAAGCUCACAGAGAAAAGUUUUAUGAAUAAUCCAAGACUCGAGGGACCUGAGCUAAUGGGAUUUGUAAGAUAUGAUGUAGGAGAUUGCAAUUGA